GAAACGAUUCCAUUGUAGAUUUACAUUUUAUUAAAAAUUCUUCAGUUUGAUUCAUGAUAUACGAAAUUUUAGUUUAGAAAACGUUUUGGAACUCACCAAAUAAAUUCAAGCUUAAGCGAUGGUACGAGUCACAGAAGAUGUGUUCGGCAUUGCCGUCAAUCCCAUGUCGCAGAAGAGCGAACACAUUCGACGAUUCACGUUGUCCGCAGAGAAGGGCAUGUCCGUAUCAAUACUCACGUUAGGUGCCAUCGUACAAAGCAUUAAAGUGCCAGAUCACAGCGGUAAGCUGGAGGAUGUGUGUUUGGGGUACGAUGAUGUCGCCGGAUAUUAUCGAAAUCAGAAAUGCUAUUUUGGUGCCAUGGUUGGACGUGUGGCAAAUCGUAUAGCUCGCGGCCAAUUCAAAUUGUGUGGCAAGGAGAUUCAUCUGUCUCGUAACUUUAAAGACCGAUACCAUCUGCAUGGUGGCUAUGUGGGAUUCGAUAGCGUUAUAUGGGAUGUGGUGGGCAUACACAAGGAUGGCGUUACCAUGCAGCACGUCUCGCCCGAUGGUCAUGAGGGAUAUCCGGGCGAAGUGACAGUUAACAUUAACUUUUCGCUCAACGAGGCGGGAUGCUUUGGCAUGAGAAUCGAGGCGCGUGCUAAGGCAACCACCUGCAUCAAUAUAGCCAAUCAUUCAUACUUUAAUUUGGCGGGUCAUGGAUCUGGCAGAGAUACACUUUUCCAGCACAUGGUGAUGAUUAAAGCAAGUAAAAUUGUUGACUCCGAUCAGGAACAAAUCCCCACUGGCAAACUAAUGCCCGUGCGUAACACACCCUAUGAUUUCUCCACCUUAACCAACCUGGGCAAACGUAUCAAUCAGAUCUAUCGUUGUCCCAUCUGUGGUUUUGAUAACAACUACUGCACGGAUGUGGAUCCCAAUCAAGUGAAGCUGGUGGCCCGUGCUGUACAUCCCUGUUCCGGUCGCUUUAUGGAAGUUCAUACCAAUCAGCCGGGUUUGCAAUUCUACACAGCAAACAAUCUACCCGAUGAGGAGCGAGGGGAUGUUCCCAACGUUGGAAAAGACGGUUGUCAUUACGUAAGGCACGGAUCCUUCUGUAUGGAGACACAAAAGUAUCCAGAUGCCAUGAAUAACCCAGAAUUCCCAACGAUUAUGUUAAAUCCAGGACAGUUGUACGAUCAUCAGGUGGUCUAUCGAUUUGGUGCAUGCCCAAAACGUGUCUAAAAUUGCAUUCUCAGUAAAUUCACUAAUCGUAUAAAAAAUAAAUUUAUCAUCAAAUUCUAUCUAAAUUUGGUGGUACCAGAACAACCCGGGUCAGUUGAAACUUAGCAUCAAAAGAGCCAUGUACCACAUCAAGUGUAUGAGAAAAAUAUAUCAAAACUCUCAA